UUUUCAGAGGUGCUCAGUUCAUAUGAUGACCUGGAUUCUGAUGUAAUUAAGAACUACUCAGAGUUUUCUUUGGCCAGUCUCCUGUAUUAUGGCAUGAAGGAAGGGGCUUGCAGUGAACAGAGUUCCCGUAUGACAGCUAUGGACAGUGCUAGUAAAAAUGCUGGUAAGUAAAUUCAACUUCUCAGGCAGCAGAAUUUUUGUGGGGGGCACAGUGAUGUAGUGCUUUACACUUGACUAAACAAAGGCAUUAGUCCUGGAUGCUGGGCUGUCAUUUCCUUUCUGUCAUUUUAUUUCAUUUCCUGUAAAUCCUCUUUUAAGCCCUGUCUCUGUUAAGCCCCCCCCCCCUUUUCAGGAAAAGAAAGUUAAUAAGCCCACCUCUCCUCCCCCUUAUUAUUUUUCACUAAUAAAUAAAAUUAUAGACUGUAUAAACAACUGUAAAACUUCCUUUGCACUGAUCUGGGAUGGUUUAUUGAAGUGUUGGAAGUUCGGAUUUGUUUUUGAUCCUCAGUUGCAUGACCUCCAACUUCUUGUAGUUGAGCUUUUCCACUUGAAACCCAUACCACCAUCUUAGCUAAAUAAAUAUUAAAGGAGCCCCCCUCUCUAAUAAUAAGUCUCUAAUAAGUCUUUCGUCUCUAUUUAGCCGCCCCUCCCCCCCCUCAAAUGUGUUUGAAAUUAAUAAGGCCCUCAAAGACGAUGUACGGUAUUCAAGAAACUGAUUUUGACAAUGAGUUUCACCUCACAGUUGAAUAAUAUUAUAAAUGCUCUAAAAUGACCACUAGUAGCUAAAAUUAGCAAAGGAAAAGAGGAAACAAAGAAAUCUGGAUUAAAUGUUAAUCUUACAUCAGUGUCAACUGAUAAAGAAAGAUGUGGGCCAAGUUUUAGCCUGCCUGGCAGGUGUUCCAAAGUGAAGGGGAAGGGGUAAUUUGGGCACACAGAGUGCAACGGGUGUGCAAGAAAGGGGAAGUUCCUUUUUUCCUCCUCCUUGUGUGCUUGGUUUCCCCUUUCCCUUCCCAGAAUGAAUGCUUCACUCAUUGACUCAUUAGCAUUAGUUCUGGCACCCAGGGCUGUCAUUAAGAGCCGGGGGGUGGGGAUUUCCCCCGGCUAUUCUGAACAUGGUCCCCUGCCACUUUCGUUAGAAAAUAGAAGAAAAAUAGAACCAAAAGAAGUCCUUAGCUGUUUGAUUCCCUGCAACUUGUUGUAUUUACCCUGCUACUGACAGCCCUGUCAGACACCAGUCAACCUCAGCAUCUAUAGUAGGCCUCAUUGUGAUUCACUUAUGUUUAUCAACUGUGGCUUCGUUUACAGGUGAAAUGAUUGACAAGUUGACCCUCACAUAUAACCGAACUCGUCAAGCUGUCAUUACUAAGGAGUUGAUUGAGAUUAUUUCAGGAGCUGCUGCUCUGGACUAG